AAAACUUGGUGCAGACUGUAGAGAUUGAGGAAAGACGGCGAGAAUGAUAGAGUUACAGUGCCGUCUGAAACUGGGUUAUCCAAUCCCACCGAAAAAUUCAUCCGUUGGGGAUUUUACGUCAAAACUCAAACCCCCAUCUCCAUCUCCUAGUGCUUUACUCCUCUGUACGAACUUCAACUCCAGCUUAACCUCUAAACGACAUUCUUUCAAGUGCUUUUGUAACAAAACCGAAAACACCCAACAAGUCUCUUCCUCUUCUCAGGGCUUCUCAGCACUGGCGGCAGAUAGUCCAUGGGAUAAUGCAACUUUGUGGAGCACUCUGGCUUUAUAUAUCUUCAGUUUGCACAUUCCUCUUAGUUUUGGAGGUUUGUCUGUGGUUGCUCAUGUAUUGCAUCAGCCUAUUCUUGAUCCACAGAUUGAGGCAAUAUCAUUGCUUGGAGCUCAGAUUCUAGAGCUCAUUGCAGCAGUGAUUCUUCUGCAAAGCACUGCUAAGCCCCAGUAUAAGUUUUCAAAUUUCUUCAAACCCAGCAAAUUGUCAAAAGAGAGGAGCUGGCUGUUGGCAUCAGCUGUAGGAUUUGGGUUUCUCUUAGUGUUGGUUAUCCUUACUUCUUUCCUCGCUGAUAGAUUCAUUGGUCCCAAGGAUUUAAACAACUCCAUGCUGAAGGAAAUCCUGGUAAACAGCAACAUCUCAAGAGCUGCAUGUGUCUUUGUAUACUGCGUUACCACUCCCCUGCUGGAAGAGACUGUUUACCGAGGAUUUUUAUUGGCAUCAAUUUCAUCCACCAUGAAAUGGCAGUCAGCUGUUUUUAUAAGCUCAACUAUAUUUAGUGCAGCUCACUUCUCUGGUGAGAAUUUCCUACAAUUGUUCAUUAUUGGAUGUGUCCUUGGAUGCUCUUAUUGUUGGACUGGAAACUUGAGAUCCUCCAUUUUAAUACAUUCCUUGUACAACGUCAUGACCCUAAUGAUAACAUACUUAUCCUAAGCUCACAUCUAAGUCUCCUUGACAGUUUUGUUAUGUAUCUUGAUUGUGAACCUUCUUUUGUCUCAGGUAAUUGACUACACUAGGCCUCACAUGUGUUUUUAAUCACUUAUUUAAUGUUUAGAAUGGCUUUAAAUGGCAAAAGUUAAUCAUAUAUUAGAUCCUGUAAAGUUUCAGUGACAGAACAGACCCAAAAGAAGAAGAAAAAGAAGCCUAAUCUCUACUUUUGUAUAUUUGAUCAGUAGAAGACUAGAACUUGUUUCAUUCUCUAACAAGAUAAGACAUAUUGCAUAUCCUUGAAGCAGAUCUUGUGUUAUUUGGUUAUCAUUGAUGCCAAGUCUUCAAGUCUUUCUGUUUGUUUCUCUGGCCAAUAGUCAUGAAUUUUG